GGUGUCCUGGCCAUGGCCGGCCUGUCGGACUUGGAGCUGCGGCGGGAGCUGCAGGCCCUGGGCUUCCAGCCAGGACCCAUCACCGACACCACCCGGGACGUCUACCGCAACAAGCUGCGCCGCCUGCGGGGCGAGGCCCGGCUGCGCGGCGAGGAGCGGCUGCGGGAGGAGGCCCGGCUGCGCGGCGAGGAGCGGCUGCGGGAGGAGGCCCGGCUGCGCGAGGAGGCGCCGCUGCGAGCCCGGCCCGCCGCGGCCUCCCUGCGAGCGGAGCCCUGGCUCUCCCCGUCGGGCUCGGGCUCGGCCUUCGCGACCCCUGGGGCCUUCGGCGAUGUCGGGGCCUCCGCGGCUUCCUGGUCCGGGAGCCGCGGCCUCGCCUACCCCGCCCGCCCUGCGCCGCUCAGGCGCCGCGCCUCGGUCCGGGGCAGCUCCGAGGAGGACGAGGACGCCCGGCCGCUCGACAGGGCCGCGCCGGGCCACGGAGUCCGUCGCUGGUGGGCCUCGACCCCGGCCCCGGCACGGCCGCCCUCCGCCCUCCUCGGCGCCGACCCGCGCCCGGGCCUGCGGGCGACGCGAACUGGCCCGGCCGGCGCGGCGCGGGCCCGGCCCGAGGCGGGGCGGCGGCUGGAGCUCUACCUGUCCCGGCUCCUGUUCUGGGCCAGCCUGGGGCUGCUGCUCGUCUUCCUGGGCAUCCUCUGGGUGAAGAUGGGCAAGCCCUCGGCGCCGCAGGAGGCGGAGGACAACAUGAAGUUAUUGCCAGUGGACUGUGCGAGCAAAACAGAUAAGUUCUGUCAGGCCAGGCAGAAGGCGGCCUUGCUGGAGCUGCUGCAUGAGCUGUACAACUUCCUGGCCAUCCAAGCCGGUAAUUUUGAAUGUGGAAAUCCAGAGAAGCUAAAAAGCAAAUGCAUUCCUGUAAUGGAAGCCCAGGAAUACCUAGCAAAUGUGACCGGCAACUCCUCCGCCAAGUUUGAAGCCGCACUGACCUGGAUACUGAGCAGUAACAAGGACGUGGGCAUCUGGUUGAAGGGGGAAGACCCAUCGGAAUUGGUGACGACUGUGGACAAAGUGGUCUGCCUGGAAUCUGCCCGCCCCCGCAUGGGUGUGGGCUGCCGCCUGAGCCGUGCCCUGUUCACUGCGGUCACCAACGUGCUCAUCUUCUUCUGGUGUUUGGCCUUUCUGUGGGGGCUCCUGAUCCUCCUGAAAUACCGGUGGCGGAAGCUAGAAGAAGAAGAACAAGCCAUGUACGAGAUGGUGAAGAAGAUUAUAGACGUGGUCCAGGACCAUUACGUGGACUGGGAGCAGGACAUGGAGCGCUACCCGUACGUGGGCAUCCUGCACGUGCGCGACACCCUGAUCCCUCCGCAGAGCCGGAGGCGCAUGAAGAGGGUCUGGGACCGGGCUGUGGAGUUCCUGGCGUCCAAUGAAUCCCGGAUCCAGACAGAGUCCCAUCGCGUGGCUGGAGAAGAUAUGCUGGUGUGGAGAUGGACUAAGCCCUCUUCCUUCUCCGACUCAGAGCGAUAAAUCCCGGGCGGGGGGGGGGCCUGUUCCCAGUCGGCCUGUCCCAGGCCAGUCCCCUCCAGGGGCGCGAGAAGGCCACCAGACCUGCCAGUGCUGAAUUCACACUUGCCUUGACUUUCACCUUCCUCCCGACUCUGGUUCCAAAGGUCUCUCUGUAGGACUCUUCAGAGAUUAGCUUGUAGGAAAGCAUGGGCUUCCUUGAAGGGCCGGGGAGGGAGAGAGCCAGAGGCCAGGUGGGUAGCUUGUCCUCUGCAUUGGUCCAAUCCUCUCUGCCCCGAUUGCUGGCAGAAAAGGGGAGAAGGGUUUGGUUUUGAUGCAUAGAAAAGAUGAAAGAGCAGCAGCGGUGAGACCCUGCCGAGCAAGUGUGCAGUUAGGUGGGCUGGAGCUCUCCCACCGCUGGUGAGCACUCAGCAGGGUGGGCAUCGUGCCUGUGGGAGGUGGGUCGGGAUGGCAGGCUGGGGCGGCAGGGGUUGGGGAGCAGUUUGGUCCAUGUGCCUUCAGAGGGUGUUACCUGGGAGCUCAAGGGUGAGGGGAGAAAGCCUGUCCUCUAGCUGGGUUGAGCCUCUUUUAUCCUGAAGGGGGAAGGUGCUAGAAAGUAGAACAAGUACUGUAGAAGAACUGUCUAGAAAUGCAGGUCCUGGCACGCGGGACCCGCGGGUCAGGGGAGUGAGCUGCCGGUGUGGCCUCCUGAGAGGAACCUGGAGCAGGCACAGGGGCCCGGGAGCAGACAGGAGGGUAGGGCUGCCCGCAGGCAGGGCCGGGCUCUUCAGUGGUGCUUCUCACCGAGUCGCGGGUCUACAGCAGACCCGCAGCCACGGCACUGCAGCGGGCGACGAUGCGGAUUCCGGGACCUUGGGAGUGCCCCGCCUCCGCUGUGCGACGGUCACCUUGACUUAGGGCGACCACAGCGGGCCCCACUGUGGGGCCGCGGAGCCAGAACAUGCGGCACGGACCCGGUGGGCGCGGGGGCCGCACGGCUGCCCCCUGCUGGCCGCCCGCGAGCGUGCCUGCGCCGCCGCAGACCCUCCAGGUCCCCCGCCAGCCCGUGGGCCCGCCGCGCGGGAGCCCCGCUCCAGAAACGCCCUGGCGGGGGGCCUCUCCAACACAGCCUCGUUCCCGUAUGUUCUCAACCGCGGCAGGCGGGAGAGGGGCGCGCGGAGGAGCCCGAACAGCUGCCUCCAGAGGCAUCAACCACCCCCUUUCGGUCUUCCUGGUAUUUUUUGUUUCCUUAAUAAAGCUCCAGUCUCCCUCA